AUGUCCGGGUACACGCCAGAUGAGAAACUGCGGCUGCAGCAGUUGCGGGAGCUGAGGAGGCGAUGGCUGAAGGACCAGGAGCUGAGUCCUCGGGAGCCGGUGCUGCCCCCGCAAAGGUUAGGGGUUCUGGAGGGGUUCUGGAAUAAGUUUUUGCAGAACCCAACCCCCUGGAAGAACACGGUGCAUAAGAUAUACCGACACGGUGCCUUUGCUUUUACUCAUGUACUUAUACCUGCCUGGAUUAUUCAUUAUUAUAUCAAAUAUCAUGUAGAUGUAAAACCAUAUGCCAUCGUUGAAAGGAAGCCCAGAUUAUUCCCAGGUGAUACAAUUCUGGAGACUGGAGAAGUAAUUCCACCAAUGAAAGACUUCCCUGAUCAACAUCACUGA